ACAUGAGUUUGUGGCUGAGCCGUCUGCGCAACUCUCGUUUGCAAGAGCUUUUGGGAGUACCUCCACGAGUUAUUAUGGGCGAGGUGGACGAUGAACGCCCUGUUGAUGAGAGAUCCCUUGUGGUCCUCGUUGCUGAAGCUGUUGAAGUUGCUGAAGAUGCCGAGGAUGGUGAUGAUCGUGUCCUGGAGGUCGUUCUCGGUUCUUUGGUCGCCUUGGUGGUUGCUGGAACCAUCGUUUAUGUUAUCCUGUUGAGAUAUUUCCCUAAUCAGAUGAGACGGUUUGAAGCAAGGUCUGUGGACGCGGCUCGUGCUGUGGUUCAGGUAACAUUUGCUUUGUGGUUAUUCUGUCACUUUAUUUUCUUGAGUUCUCUCUAAUCAUUAGAGAUGCAACAGAGCUGAAAACUUUCCGAGCUAGUUAAACUAAACUUUCUAUGCUUCCAGAAAAUUCUUUUCUUGGUUUCCUACUAAUUUCUUACGUAUUUCAGGUGGUGAAUCGCUGCCAGAGGGUUCGAAGAGAUGAAGUUCUUGGUCCUCAAGCUAGGGACGAGACUGCUUCCAGUUUCUCUUCUAUGUACUCCUGGAGUUCAAGUUCGGUAGCUACAGUGAUUUCAAGUAGCUCCUCGAGUGUUCAGGUUCAUCAUCAGGAGCAGUUUGAGCUCCGUGAGAUUAACCAACUGCAGCCAGUCAUCAAGAAUGCUUACCAGGAAUCUGGUGACGACGGGCCUGAAUCUAAAGUUGUACCCAAUGAAGUAUCGGUACCGAGGGAGGGAAAGUUGCGUCCGUUUAAUCCUCCGCUGAUUAGCAGUCCUAUACCGCUGGAUCCUGUUUCUGACGCUGAUGAAGAUUCUUCUUCUGAGGAUCCCUUCUCAACUCCGAUGAAUCGGAUUUCGAUUAUUUCAAAUAGCUAUCGGAGCGAAUUGGCUCAAUCCUUUCAGUCUCAACUGGCUCAGGAUUUGUCUGUUUCUGGGGAUUACAAUAUCUCUGAUCUUUGGCCAGAGGUUGUUGAUCAGGACACAGUUGAGCGGGGACUUGCUGAAGCUGUAAAUCAGAACCAGUCUGGUGUUGAUCUACCUGAUCUACCAGAAUCCGAGGCUGAUGAUACUAGGGAGUUGAGUGGGGGAGCAGCUGAAGGUGGGGUUUUGAACAGACGUAGUUCAAGCAGUGUACCAAACUUGGCACUGGAACCCAAUGCUCCUGGUUUAUCUCGCUCCGUAUCAAUGCCUGCAGGGUUAGAACAACCUGAUACUUGCGGGGAUGAAAUUCAAGAUUCUCGUCCUGCUGAUCAGCCUAAUGUUCUCCCGGAAGUUGUUCUAGUCGUUCCUCCUCUUCGUAGGAGUAAGAGAGUGUCUUUUCCUACUAAACGCUUCAGUCCCUACUAGGUCACAGCCUUAACUUAUACCUAGUGUUGUGCUAAUCUCUAUUUAGGCUUUGGAUAACCAAACCUAGUGAUAUGUAACCUGUUCUCAUAUAUGUAAUCAAAUAGAUUGCAACGUGAUUUUUAUGUAAUGCCAGUAUAAAGAAAAUAUGUUCUUUAUUUUUCCUUUUAUAAGACUGAUAUAUUUGUUAAGUUUUGGCCAAAUCUAUAUUAUGUUUAAACAUUUAUCUUCUCUUGGGACGCUAAGAGAUUAGUCGAUUCACUAUAAAUAUGCCCUACUGUACCAAGAAUACUGUAAUACUUGUUCUAACAUUUAGUUGUGUUUUGGAUCCAAAUACAUUUUAGAACCGUUAAUUUUUCAUUUAAUAAUGCACAUCUCUAUGAAACAUUUUAAUCCUUUUGGUUCUUAUUGAAAAUCUCUGCCUUAAAAGAUUUGUAGGGGUUAUCGUGUAUAUUUUACAACGCUUAU